AAGAAUAAAAGUAAAGAAAUUAUAGCAAUGAAUGUUGAAUUGAUGACGAUCUCAUCAUCAGCCCUUUUAUGUCCCCACUCCAGGGGCUCAGGCCUUCCUUAUGGAUGGUUAAGGAGGAUGGGCCAUGACCCUUCACGCGGGCCCAAUGCGGAUUGGAGGGUAUUAACGACUGCAAAUGCAGCCGGGACCGACGGCUUAACGUGCCUUCCGAAGCACGGAGUAGCUCGAGAUAAUAACUUUUUGGUCACCCAUCCCGUGACCGACCCUUGCGAAAGUUGCUUAACGACUACGAUCGCGUGGCUCGACGCCACCGAGCUUCUCGCCUACUUUUAUAUUUAUUAUGAAUAGAGAUGACGAUCUAUUCAUAAUAAAUAUAAAAAAAAAAAAUAUUUUUCAA